UUAAAGUGUCACACACAUUGCGUAACUUCCCGCAGCUGCGCGUUGACUGUACGGCCUCAGCGGAAGCGAAGCAGGGCGGACCGAGUCGUGACAACAACCGGUUACAAAACAAAAAACAACAAAUAAAGUCGCCUUACAAGGACGACACUCAACUCAACCUGUCAGCUAAAACAAAUAUUUGACAGCGUCUAAGCAUUUCCUGGAUGAUCAAGUCAGUGCUGCUGCUGCUGUUCCUGACACUAUCAGGACUGCAAGCCGCCCCAAUCGCACCUCAGAGAGGUUUACCGAAGGCGUCAUCGGCCUUCGAGCUCUCAGAUGACUCGAACACCAUCAAAUAUCUUCCUGAUGGCUUCCAACAAGGCACCGAGCCCUCCAAGAGGUUCUUUGACAACGGACUAGUACGAGACCACAUCGGGGAGAUGAGCAGGAGGACGGCUUUCAUCCACAACCUUGUUGAAAAUGCUCCAGGAGACCUGGAGACGAAACACUGGUUGGCAGAUGAAGUUCCCGUCGAUGUGCCAGCCAAAAAGAAUGGAGGGGGUUGGGUUCGAGUUGAGGAAGCUUCUUCGUCUCAACUCCCAGAUGGUUUCAGACAAGGAACCGAACCGUUCAUGUCGAUCCCAGAUGGUUUCAGACAGGGAACUGAACCGUUCAUGUCAAUCCCAGAUGGUUUCAGACAGGGAACUGAACCGUUCGCCUCUAUCCCAGACGGUUUUAGGCAGGGAACCGAACCGUUCAUGUCGAUCCCAGAUGGUUUCAGACAGGGAACUGAACCGUUCGCCUCUAUCCCAGACGGUUUCAGGCAGGGAACCGAACCGUUCAUGUCGAUCCCAGACGGUUUCAGGCAGGGAACCGAACCGUUCUCCUCUAUCCCAAAGGGUUUCAGACAGGGGACAGAACCUACAAUUUUUACUCCUAGGAGCUUCAAACAGGAAGCAGAGCCCUCCGUUUCUAUCCCAGACGGUUUCAGACAGGGAACAGAACCGUUCAUGCCAAUCCCAGACGGUUUCAGACAGGGAACCGAACCGUUCAUGUCGAUCCCAGACGGUUUCAGGCAGGGAACCGAACCGUUCAUGUCGAUCCCAGAUGGUUUCAGACAGGGAACCGAACCGUUCAUGUCGAUCCCAGAUGGUUUCAGACAAGGAACCGAACCGUUCAUGUCGAUCCCAGACAGUUUCAGACAAGGAACCGAACCGUUCUCCUCUAUCCCAAAGGGUUUCAGACAGGGGACAGAACCUACAAUUUUUACUCCUAGGAGCUUCAAACAGGAAGCAGAGCCCUCCGUUUCUAUCCCAGACGGUUUCAGACAGGGAACAGAACCGUUCAUGCCAAUCCCAGAUGGUUUCAGACAAGGAACUGAACCUGUUGUUUUGACACCUGGCGGUUUCAGACAGCAAACCGAGCCAUCUAGGUCUCUCCCUAACGGAUUUAGACAGGGAACAGAACCAUCUCUAAAUAUACCAGUGGGUUUAAGGCAGGGAACAGAACCAUGGGUUAAACACACAGAGGAACAGGGCCGGUCCACUCCCAGCCUCCAAACAUGUCAAGGGGAGGUGAUCAAUGGAAACUGCUACGAGUUUAACCCAACUCCACUGAAUUUCCAAGAAGCACAGGAUUUAUGCAAAGCUCAGAACACACACGCUGAGCUCGCAUCUGUGACAAGCGGGGACCUUCAUUCCCGCCUGGUUUCCAUGGUUACCAAGGGCGGUCAGAUCAGCCCACGGUUGACGUGGCUGGGAGCCGUGGUCAAGAACCAGCAGGCCUCCUGGGUAGACGGGUCAGAGUGGACUUAUAGUGACUGGAUGCCGGGUCAGCCUAACAUUCACACCAACAAGCCAGUCUGUGUGGAGAUGUUCAAAAUAGACCAAAGUCGGUGGACGGCCGUCGACUGUGACCUGAAGCGAGCGUCCAUCUGCUCGUAUCCAGCGGCGGCGUGAAACCCCCCGGACGUGUAAGAAGGAAUAAAACCAUACCUGCAUCGUG